AUGGCUUUCCUCAAUAGUCCUUGGAGGAGCCACAACAGUACCUUACCCCUCGAGGAGCCUUACAUCUCCGAACAAGGAGAGACAGCAAUUGGCAUCUACCUGCUGAGCCUGGGUUGGCUCUCCUGGUUUGGAAACAGUGUGGUGAUCUUUGUGCUCUACAGACAGAGGGCAAUACUACAACCGCAAGAUUACCUAACCUUUAACCUGGCCAUCUCCGAUGCCAGUAUUUCCCUCUUCGGCUACUCCCGUGGGAUUAUAGAGAUCUUCAACAUAUUCCGAGAUGAGGGCUUUCUGAUUACUUCCAUAUGGACAUGCCAGGUCGAUGGCUUCCUCACACUUCUCUUUGGGCUGGUCAGCAUUAACACACUGACAGAAAUCAGUAUCGUCAGGUACAUGAAAGGCUGUCACCCAUACAGAGCUCACUACAUCAACAAUGGGAGUAUAAUCAUGCUGCUGACACUGGCCUGGGCUGCUGCUCUCUUCUGGUCUGCAGCACCGCUAUUUGGCUGGGGGAGUUACACAGACCGGCAAUACGGAACAUGUGAGAUCGACUGGGCCAGAGCAAUAUUCUCCACUGUUUACAAGUCCUACAUUAUCUCGGUCUUCGCCUGCUGCUUCUUUCUGCCGGUGGUUGUCAUGCUUUUCUCUUACGUCUCCAUCAUCAAGACGGUCAAGUCAAACCGGGCAUUGAUGGGGGGUGCCGAGGUGGGGGAGCGUCAGAGGAAGAUGGAGCAGGACGUGACUCGGGUCUCCAUGGUGAUCUGCACAGUGUUCAUCGUUGCCUGGUCACCGUACGCGGUGAUCUCCAUGUGGUCGGCGAGCGGCCGAUAUGUGCCAAAGCUGACAAGUCUGCUAGCCAGCCUAUUCGCCAAGUCUGCCAGCUUCUACAACCCCCUCAUCUACUUUGGGAUGAACUCCAAAUUCCGACGGGACAUACGCAUGCUCCUGCUCUGUGCCUCGGACAAAGAGGGAGUCAGACUCAGACAGAUGAAGUGGAGCCCGGUGCCGGAAGUGGCCGUGCCCAAGGGCAGUCUCCACUCGGCAGGCGGUGAGAGGGAAUGGUCCCAUCUCCCCAACAGCGAGAACUCCGGCUACGUGUGUGAGAGGUUGUAG